GCUGCUGGUUUAAGUAAUGGAAGCUUUAAAAAAAAGUUUAUCAGGUGAGGCAGGAGAGUGAGAAGCUAGGAAAAUUCCUUGGCAAGUGGAAUGCAGAAACACACAAGAUAAUUAAACAAGCCAAACAAUUUCAUCGAUGUACAGCCAGCUAGUAAAUUAUAAGACCUUAUUGUCCCUAACCAAGGGCACCUGAGAACAAAUGGUUUCUACUUCUCCUCCCUGACCACAGAAAAGUUUAAGUCACCCUGUUCAGGGAGAAAGAAAACAGAGACCCAGUUAAUGCCAUUUGUGCCAGCCAAACCCAAGGAUGGAUGGAGUCAGGGGAACAGAUAAAAACUCAGUUAGAGCCUGACAGACCCAAGAUAAAAGCAGCUGGCCAGUGAAUAAUGCCAAACUCCCCUACAGCUUCAUUUUGAUGCAUCAGCGUAUUCACUCAGCUAGAAAGCUGAUGAAUAUUCUACUGAACGUCUCCCCUAGAUUCUCACCCACAGAAGAUCAAAACCCUCAAGACAAAGGAUGCCAGCGGGUUCUCACUCUCUAACAUGCCUGUGCCUUUUCUUUGGGCAAUGAACUUUUUACUUUCUCCUGAACUCUAAGAGUCCCCAUGAGACUUGCAACCAGGGGAGAAGUGGGCAGCUACAGCUGUCCUGGGCUUAUCCUUGAACCUGUGUCCAAGGUCAACUAUUUUCUAUUUCUAGCUAGUGAACUAACUUCAGCCUGCCUUGGGCCCCUUUGCUUUGCAACGUUGGCAGGGGGCCAAAGCAGAACCACCGGGCCUCUCUUGUUGCUCCCUCUACCCUAAGCCCUCCCUUAUUUCACCGUCCCCAGCUUUCAAAUAAAGGAGCUCUUAAACUCACGUGGGGUCAAGUAUGAAAUCUUUCCUCCAGGAAGUCAAGGGUCCAUAUGUUACAUGCCAGCCUGGGGAAUACCAACUCUAGCAGUUUCUUAAUCACAGCGCAGCACGGCCAGCACUUGGUUUUGCAAUCUGGAGCGGGGGGCGCGGCCGGGCCGGGCCAGUGAUGUCACCGGCAAUGGCGCCGCCCGAACCUCAGGUUUUUUCCUAGAAGGAGGUGUGAACCCUGGCAAAGCUCAGCGGAAGGCUGCAGCAGCGGCGGCGGGCGGGGACAUGAGCGGGAUCCUCGGAACACGUUACGUGCACGUUACGUGACCGUGACCACGGAUCCUCCGAAAGUUGCGGGCGGGGCCAGGCAUGCGCGGUCCGGCAUCCAAUUGCAGAAGGUGCCGCUCUCCACAGCGCCCAAUGAGGAGAUUUCUGGCUCGCUCGGUACUGCUCAUUGCCUAUUAGGAUCGGGUGCUUCGUUCUUCAGGAAAAACUUGUGAGGCGGCCACCUAGGCAGGGACCCCGGUUGGGCCCCCGGCCGACCCAAACCCAGGCCCAAACCAGGCAACCGAGACCCAAACCAGGCAUGGCUCCGGACGCGGAGGCGGCGGCAGCCCGCACGCUGUGUGUCUUUGUGUUGACGCUUCUGGUCCUGGUUUUGGAGCUCCCGGCGCUCACCGCAGAGUCCUUGAGAGUGAAGAUGGCAGGGAAGACUCAGACUGUGUUGCUGAAUCACAAUGCCACCAUCUCCUGCAAGGCCCUUGGUUCUUCACCCCUGAACAUCAAAAAUAUGGGUGUUAUCUGGUCUCGGAAGAACCCAGUGGAUGGAAGAGAUGUCACAGUGUUUCGACUUUAUGGAGACCGCCGAGAGGCACUCAGAGGAGGAGCCAGCGUGUUUCUUCAGGGGCUGGCGAAGGGGGAUGCCUCCCUGCAACUGCCUGAGGUCCAGCUGUCUGAAGCAGGAGAGUACCGAUGUAAGGUGGUAAAUACCCCUCUCAGGGGCCAGGGGACAGUCCUUCUGAAGGUUGUAGCUUGCCCAGUCAGCAGCUUGUCUGUGGAGGAAACCAGUCAACGUCUUCUGUGUGAGGCAAGUGGGUUCUACCCAAACAGAAUUAACAUAACGUGGUGUAAAUGGAGCCAGGAGAAUUCCCAGUGUGUGAACAUUUCUGAGAACGUCACCACUAAUGCUGCCAUUGCGAAUGAAGACAACACAUUUAAUGUCACUAGCUCUUUGAAGCUGAAGCGCUCUCUGGAACACAAUGCGACCUACCAAUGUAGGGUAGAGCACGUGUUCUUGUGCACCCCCUGGAGGAGCAACAUCACCCUGGGUGAGAACGAAUCCGAGCGGAAAGGUGACUCAAUCAAGACUGGCUACACUGCAUUUUCCUUUUUCACAGUAGUUCUACUGCUUGUAGUAAUUGUCUUUUUGAACAGGUUCUGCUGUCCAGGAGCUGUUGCUGUAAGAGGACACGUCACAAAGUUAGUUAGUGAAGAAGAGACUCCUAAGGCCUUCAUUCACGAUCACCCUGGAUCUCAGGUGGUGUGAGUGAUGGCCCCAGGCACCCACCCCGCGCUAUAUCCUUGUCCUUUGCUGUGUGACUUUGCAGUGCCCUCCUGUCAUGGGCUGCCCCUGGACACUGGGCUCAACCUGGGGACUUGCUCUGACCAAUGGAGGGAGACAAGUGAAAGAGGCCUUGUGUAUUCCCAUUUGCUUUCUUUUGUGCUUCUGACCUUGGUGAGAGGAGGACACAUCCAGACUGUCCUGCUGGAGGAUGACAGACAAUGGAGGCUGGAGCGAGCGGCUCUGGAGGAGCCCAGUCUAUAGUGAGUCCUCAACAGGGUGCAUAGGUUCUGAGACUAUAAACAAGAUGGUGUAUAAUGAAACUAAUUUCACCAUAGGCUAAUGAGAGAAACAACAGAUUUGUACGGCAUCUUGUCCACAGUAUAAUGACAACGUUGACCAAAACCAUGUUAUUUGAGGACCAUCAGCUGUGCAUUGGAUGGCAGCCACCCAGCUUCCAGACAUGUGAGCUGAGGCCAUCAGUGUCAACAGAGCCAACUCUUGAAUGUGCCAGAAAUAUUUUUUAAAAGCCACCGUGUGUUUACGCUGGAUUGUUACAACCUAGGUUGGCUUCUUACAUAGCAAAAGCUAACCGAUAUAGCUCCUCAGGAACACGAAUUUUGAUAUAAAAAAUGUGGUUGCCACGGAUAUGUGCUGUGGAGACCCCCUUUGCUAUGAAGACUGUAGCAGCCAACACGUUCCAACUGUGUCAUCUCAGGGACCCGCUGCAGUGUUCUAGCCCCGGCCAAGCUCCAGCCAGCGGCUGGACAAAGCAGGCAUCUCGGGAGCUCCCUGCCAGAGUGCCUUAGCGUUUCUCAUGUUUGCACUGUCAUCUGAAGCUCUUGCUACCCAAUCCUCCCUCCUUCCUCCCUUCCCAGAGGUCAGACCUGCUGCAACAUCAUCCAAAGACUUUCCUCACCUACUUCUGAGGCCUGUUUCAUGGACACUAUUUCUAGUAACUCUCAUACUUCUAAUGCAUAUUGAAAGCUGCUUCUCAGAAGACCCAACCUAACACGAGAAGGGACUGAAGAACUACAAGGACAGGUGCUUUCAUUAUGGUGCAUUCAUGGCGGAUGCGGGUGGAGGAGCCACCAGAACACUGAGGGUUCUCACACAGUGACUGGCAACAGAAACCACAAACUUUCUCAGGGAAUGUGUGAGGAACCAAAAUGAGUUUCCCGAUGACACACACAGUUUGCUCCAGAGCAGCCUGUUCAAACUGCCCUCUUGGAUACCCUCCGGCCAGUCAGCUUUUUCCAAGAAAAGGGAAAAAAAGCAACAGUUUCCAAAGAAAGUAUACAGAUGACCAACCGGUACAUAAAAAGGUGCUCGGCAUCAUUAGUCACCAGGAAACUGCAAAGCAGAACGAUGAGACAUCACCUCACCCCUGCUGGAGUCGCUACUAUCAAAAAAUAGACAAGAAAUGAAAAGUAUUGGCCAGGAUGUGGAGAAGAGGGAAGACAUACUGGUGCGCUGUGGGUGGGAAUGAACAGUGGUGCAGCCACUAUAGAAUGUAGCAUGAAGUUCCUCCAAGAAGUCAAAGACAGAACUAACACAUGAUCCAGACAUUCCACCUCUGGGAAUUUGCCUGGAGGAAAGACAAACACGGAACUUAGUGUAACUCUAUGUUUAUUGUAGCAUUACUUACAAUAGUCAAUACAUGUACACAACCUAAGUGUCCAUCAAUGGAUGAAUGGAUAAAGAAACUGUGAUGUACACAACACAGACACACACAGAAUUAUGUACUACUUGACAAAGGGGCUACGUUCUGCGAGAUGUGUUGUUAGGUAAUUUCAUCGUUGUGUUAACAUUAUUGAACGCACUUACACAAACCUAGAUGCUGUUACAGUCUUCCAUGCACAUAGGCUGCAUGGUGCAGCCUGUUGCUCCUGGGCAACAAGCCUGUACAGCAUGUUGCUAUCCUCAGUACUGGAGGCGGUUGUAAUGCAAUGUUCAGUAUUUAUGUAUCUCAGCAUAGAAAAAGUACAGUAAAAAUGUGGUAUAAAAGAUCAGAAGUAGUACACCUGUACAGGGCACUGACCAUGGAUGGAGGUUGCAGAACUGGAAGUUGCUCUGGGUGAGCCAGUGAAUGUGGAGGCCAGGACGUUGUACUGGUGUAGACUUCACUGCACACUCAGGCUGCACUAAACUUAUAAAACAGUAGGAGACUGAAUGAAGCACAUGAGAAAAUGAUACAAUCAAGAGAUGCAGUCAACAGGAUUUGAAGCUGCUGCUAGUAUAAUACCACAUACUGUUUACAGCAAACUUAUUUGCUUAAUUUACUUUUAGGUCGAGGGGACAGGAGGGAGGAAGAGAGGGAGGGAAAAUCAAUGUGAAAGAGGAGUAUAAUCGGUUGCCUGUAGUAUAUUUCUGACCAGGGACUGAACCUGCAACCCAGGUAUGUGCCCUGACUGGGAAUCAAACUGGUGACCCUUUGCUUUGCUGGACAAGGCCCAACCAACUGAGUCACUCUGUUGGGGUGGAAACUCAUUUUUAUAGCUAGAAAAAGGAUACUCUAAAAUAGCAAUAAAAUUAUAGCAUAGUAAAUCUAUGAGCCCAUAACAGUAUCGUUAUGAAGUAUUAUGUACUGUAUAUAAAUACAUACAUUUUAUACAUAUAUUUAUAUGACUGUCCGGGCAGCAGGUUUGUUUACACCAGCAUCACCACUAACACAUGAACCAUGCACUGUGCUAGAACACUAGGGUGCCUGUGACUUCACUAGGUGAUACGAAUUUUUAGCUCCACUGUAAGCUCAUGGGACUACCAUUGUCCAAAGGAACAUGGUGACCAGAAUUGUUGGUACUGCAUGGAAUAUUUGAAAGUUGCUAAAAGAAAAUGUUAAAAGUUAUCAUAGGAAAAAUUUUGGAACUAUAGAGACAUGAAUUUUAA